AUGGAGCAAUCUUCUGAGCGUGGCAUUACCCCUGGAAAUGAGGACGGGCCCAGUCUAUUCACCUUCCCCUUGCCAGCUCCUAUACCGGUAGAUCCCUUACCGGCUGUAACGUUUACCUCCUCACCUGAAUCCAUCCAAUCUUACGAUAGCGUCGACUCGGAAUUAGGGCGGGAUGGGGGCGAGUCCCCAGAACCCACAAUUCAUGGCCAGGAAGAUGAAUUAUAUGAUAUCGGGUCCAGCUCACGGCCCGCGUUCCCUCACGACAGCCACGGCAAACAUGAGUUUGAUGCGCAUUUGGAUACUUCUAAGGGUAUCUCCAGCAGCCAGACAUACCUAUGCGAUUUGUGUGACGAGUCCGCUCGGCGCAUCUUCUAUUCCUUCGACGAUCUCAGAACGCACAAGUGCACGAGGCAUGAGACCACGGGCCACAUCCAGCAGCUGUCACCGCUUAUGCCAAACGAAGCUGUCUCAAAGUUGACGAAUCAGCUUCAUGAGCCAAGUACAUCAUCAGAGCCUGGCUAUAAUUCACAGGUCUCCUCAAAUGCCAGUGUCUCCCCAUCCCAGAGAAUUGCCUUCCCAUCAAUGAGCAAAGGCCAUGUUUCACCAUUGGGAAGUGAAAGCACAGACUCAGGCGAUACGGAAAUGCAUGCGGACGAGGAGUCAUUGUUCGACGAUCAGGAUGCCCAUCUCUAUACUGGGCGCAGGUGGGAUGAAGAAACCAUUCAGCGGCUGGAGCACAUUUACAAGCAGAAGCUAUACUCGCUUGUAGAUUCACAGGUCCUUCAGCGUUGCAACGCAUACCAGGCUCAUGGCACAUCAUCAGGCCACGUUUCUGCCUGUUCCUCCCGGUCCGGCGUCCCCAGGAAACGCACCAGAAUAGGUUGUCUCACUCUCUAUGCCUCAGGAGUCCCGCUUCCAACUGGAUAUUAUAAUCAUGAGCUCUCUCAGCACAAACAGGCUGGCCCCAACAAACCAUUGCUAGCACCGAGGCCGUUACCACUAGCAGCCACGGAACAGCCGACGUCGAACGCAACUAGUAAUGCAGGAGUACAAGAAAUAAAUCUCCAAGGGAGAGACGGGACCUCUUCGGGGAGGAAUAGAAAGGCGGAAGAGAUUUCCGCUGAAGACGAUCAUAGUGACCCUUAUGACGGUGAUGGUGAUGGCAGUCAAGAGCCAUCCAAGCGAUUCAAAGCAUCGAAAUCAGAAGACCGAGCCUUACGGUUUGCUUGUCCCUCAGAUCACGAGAACUCAUCCCGGGUGAAGCAGCAUAUCAGUCGCAAGCACCGUAUGCCCAUAUACUGCCCGAGGUGCUCGGAAAUAUUCAAGACAGAACAUGAACGGGACACCCACGUUCGUGAUGCAGACUGUCCGGUGGGACCCAAAGCCAACUUGAUCUGCGCAACAACCGAGCAAUUGAGGAAAUUGAGCAGAAGAAACAUUCACCAGAGUGAUCGAGAGAACUGGAACGCCAUUUACAAGAUCUUGUUUCCUGACGAUCCGUUGCCUGAGAGCCCCUAUCUUGACCCUCUCGUUUCAUACGAAGUCAAUCUCGUCCGAGAGGCUUUCCUAACUGCUGCGCCUGUGGCUGUCCGAACUGCCAUACAGCAUGUGAUUCCAGAAGAAAUUAGUGAUACUCUGCAGGAGGAACUGGAACGAGUCCUGCGGUCGACUCAUGCUGAGGUCUUUGAUCAGAUUUUGCGCAGAAUGCGCGACGAUCGAGAAGCCGCGCGAGUGCGUCACACAACAGCGCCAUCAUUGUUGCAGGUCGGAUUGUCGAGCACGCCUGACUCUGGUAUUGGAAGUACCGUCAGAUCUGGGAGCAGUCAAGACGAGCCGGAGCCAAUCCUGAAUAGCCAAGAUGGGCUGACAUCCUUCGAUAGUGCAUCGUUCUAUUUACAGAAUGAUGGGGCAAUACCGCUUCUGCCAUCUCUCACGCCACCAUCUGGGUCACCAGAGUAUCAUAUCGGCGACCUCUCACAAAUUCUCCCCGACGGGAGCUUCGGUGAUCUUUCCGAGUAUCUAGACGCUCCAGGGGACAGCUUUUUCACGGAUCAGUCUUGA